UGUGGCUAGGCACUGGGGAGGCCUCAGGGACCCCCCCCUCUCGCCCCAGGUGCCCAUAGCUGACCUGCACUAAGCUGAGCUCUCCCAGGCUCCCAGGAGAACCUUUCUUUCUCAGCCUCCUGCACCUGUUGAAAGCUUCCUCCUCCAAGCCUGGCCAAGCAGCUCUGCCCCUAGCGGGAGUCAGAGGCAUGGAACUCCCUCGCAUGAAGACCGGCAGAGAGCCACGGCCACCUGCUCCACUUCGGGAGUGGCCCGCUUACCCUGGGUUUCCAAGCCAGAUGAAGCUUGAUAGAACUCGAGGAUGGGGCUGUUGGUGACACGGGGACAGAAGCUGCAGCUGCAGAAUCCUGUGGUCCUCCGGGGAUGAACCAUGGAGCCCUGGAAACAGCUGCUGGCACCAGGGCGGGAACAGUGACCGAAGGACAGCACAGGCGGAUCCCAGGAGCCAACAUGCAAGGAUGACGCCCCUAGAGGCCCUGGCCUCUCUCCUGCCCGCACGCUAGGAGCCGUCCCUGGGCUCCAGCCGGCAGCCCUGCCACCCAGGGGGCAUGGCCAAACCUUUCUUCCGACUCCAGAAGAUUCUCCGUCGAACACAGUUCCUGCUCUUCUUCCUCACGGCCGCCUACUUGAUGACAGGCAGCCUACUGCUCCUGCAGCGGGUCCGAGUGGCCCUCCCCCAGGGGCCCCGGGCCCCUGCACCGCUCCAGACCUUGCCCGUGGCCGCCGUGGCCCUAGGCGUGGGCCUGCUGGACAGCAGGGCUCUGCACGACCCCCGUGUCAGCCCCAACCUGCUGCUCGACGUGGACAUGCUGCGGAGCCCCCUGGCCCGGCCACCGCCUGGACUCCGCUGGUCGCCUAGAAACCGCAAUUCGGAGCUACGUCAGCUGCGGCGCCGCUGGUUCCACCGCUUCCUGAGCGACCCCCAGGGGCCACCCAUGCUGGGCCCUGAGGACCCCAGGCCAGCAGCCCGCAGCCAAGGUGUCUACAUUGGAUGCUUCCGCGAUGAGGGCCAGGAGAGAACACUGAAGGGGGCAGUGUUCUAUGACUUGCGAAAGAUGACUGUGGCCCAUUGCCAGGACGCGUGUGCUGAACGGUCUUACCUCUAUGCUGGCCUGGAGGCAGGUGCCGAAUGCUACUGCGGGAACCGGCUCCCGGUGAUGCGCGUCGGCCUGAACGAGUGCAACCAGGAGUGCAAAGGGGAGAAGGGCACCGCAUGUGGGGCUGUGGGCCGGCUCUCCGUGUACCGCGUGGAAGACCUGCAGCCUGGCUCCCGGAAGCGGCGGACAGCCACCUACAGAGGGUGCUUCCGACUGCCCGACAACAUCACCGACGCCUUCCCCAGCUCGCUGGUGCAGACCAACAUGACCUUGGAGACGUGCUCAGGAUUCUGUUCCCAGAAAGAGUUCCCCUUGGCCAUCCUCAGGGGCUCGGAGUGCUAUUGUGCCUACCCCACCCCCCAGUUCAACCUGCGAGAGGCAGUGGACAGCUCACGGUGUGGACAGAGGCAGGCAGAGUACUGCGAGGUCUACCAGACACCUGUGCAAGACACUCGAUGCACAGACAGGCAAUUCCUGCCCACCAAAUCCAAGGUGUUUGUGGCUUUGUCAAGCUUCCCCGGGGCUGGGAACACGUGGGCGCGGCACCUCAUUGAGCAUGCCACCGGCUUCUACACGGGGAGCUACUACUUCGAUGGAGCCCUUUACAAUAAAGGGUUCAAGGGCGAGAAGGACCACUGGCGGAGCCGGCGCACUAUCUGCGUGAAGACGCAUGAGAGCGGCAAGAGGGAGAUUGAAAUGUUUGACUCCGCCAUCCUGCUUAUCCGGAACCCAUACAGGUCCCUGGUGGCCGAGUUCAACAGGAAGUGUGCUGGACACCUGGGCUACGCACCUGACCGCAACUGGAAGAGCAAAGAGUGGCCAGACUUCGUGAACAGCUACGCAUCGUGGUGGUCCUCGCAUGUGCUGGACUGGCUCAAGUAUGGGAAGCGGCUGCUGGUGGUGCACUAUGAGGAGCUGCGCCGCAGCCUGGUACCCACGCUGCGGGAGAUGGUGGCCUUCCUCAACGUGUCCGUGAGCGAGGAGCGCCUGCUCUGUGUGGAGAACAACAAGGAGGGCAGUUUCCGGCGCCGUGGCCGGCGUCCGCAUGACCCUGAGCCCUUCACCCCCGAGAUGAAGGACCUGAUCAACGGCUACAUCCGGACAGUGGACAAGGCCCUGCGUGAUCACAACUGGGCGGGGCUGCCCAGGGAGUACGUGCCCAGAUGAUAGGCCCGACCCACACCGCCCAUCCUGCUGAGAGACACCUGCACGCUGCAGGCCAUGUAACUGCGGGUACCUGGGCCUGCAGCCUUCCUGGGACAUGGGACGGCUCAUGCGAGGGCAGAUGGCACAGGUGUACGGUCAGCAGGGGGGCCACGCACACAGGCAGAG